CGCCCCGCCCAGCCCCGAGGCGCCCGCGGAGGCCCGGCGGGGACCCGGCCUGCUUGCGAACGCGCGGGACCGCUCUGCAGCCCCACCCCCACCCCGAAAAGACCGAGUUGGGAACCGAAUCGGGAAGCGGCUGGGGAGCCCGGCCAGAGCGGGGGCUCCAGAACGUGGGGUGAGGGGGCUGCCGGCUCCUCCUCCCGCGGGGCCCGCGCCCCACGCCCUGCAGGGCCGGAGGCCGGGGCCCCCUGGCGGCCUGCCCUGGGCCCCCUGCACUGGGCCCCCGGCAGCGCGUCCGAUGGGGUGAUAAUAGCUGGCACUUGCUCUUCUGCAUGUCAUGGCUCGGGCAACACGCUCCUCACAUCGGCCAUUUCAGAGGCAACCAGUGCUUCCUCCAGGAGAAGCCGAGAAACAACAAGCCAAAUUGAUGUCAGGAGAGGCACGUUUUGAACUGAAGCAGCCCGUGUCUGGAAUCUGCACUCCUGACCCCUGGCUAGACUGCCUCCCGGAGGCCGAAAGCUAAGCUGCUUCAGAGGUGCCUGAGACUUAACUGGGGCCACCCUCCGCCUUGCCAGGCUGAGAACAUGCAGACCCCUACAUCCACGUCCCCCGACUUUAUGGUCAGACACAGAAGUGGAAUGGCCUCUUGCUUCAGCAAGGCCUGGGGUCAGCUGUUUUCCCACUGAUCCACCUUCCCUGGGCACAGGGAGAAAAGUGGAGUUUGAGACCAUCCUACGGACAGCACGGGGAUGCACGAAGGGUGAAGCCAACGCACACAAUGGUCAAUUGCUGGUUCUGCAACCAGGACACGCUGGUGCCCUAUGGGAACCGCAACUGCUGGGACUGUCCCCACUGUGAGCAGUACAACGGCUUCCAGGAGAACGGCGACUACAACAAGCCCAUCCCUGCCCAGUACAUGGAGCACCUGAACCACGUGGUCAGCAGCGUGCGCACGCCCCAGGACCCCACGCAGCCGCAGCAGUGGGUGAGCAGCCAGGUCCUUCUGUGCAGAAGGUGCAGCCACCACCAGACCACCAAGAUCAAGCAGCUGGCCGCCUUCUCACCACGGGAGGAGGGGAGGUACGAUGAGGAGAUCGAGGUGUACCGCCACCACCUGGAGCAGAUGUACAAGCUGUGCCGGCCAUGCCAGGCAGCCGUCGAGUACUACAUCAAGCACCAGAACCGCCAGCUGCGUGCCCUGCUCCUCAGCCACCAGUUCAGGCGCCGAGAGGCCGACCAGGCCCACGCACAGAACUGCUCUACAGUGAAGGCCCCAGUCCAGGUCAUCCUGCUCCGCGCCCUGGCCUUCCUGGCCUGUGCCUUCCUGCUGACCACUGCGCUGUACGGCCCCACUGACCCCUUCACCCCAGAGGCCGCCCUGCCCCCAGCUCUGCCACCUGGCAGCAAUGGCUCAGCCACGCCGCACAAUGGCACUGCUCCUGGGGCUGAGGGUUGGCGGCAGCUGCUGGGCCUGCUGCCCGAGCACACGGCAGAGAAGUUCCUUGAGGCCUGGGCCUUUGGGCAGAGCCACCAGAUGGGCGUUGUACUGCUGGGCCUGCUCACCUGCCUACUGGCCAUGCUGCUGGCCGGCCGCAUCAGGCUCCGAAGAAUCGAUGCCUUUUCCACCUGCCUGUGGGCCCUGCUGCUGGGGCUGCACCUGGCCGAGCAGUACCUGCAGGUGGCCUCACCCAACUGGCUGGACACUCUCAAGUUCAGCACCACAUCCCUGUGCUGCCUGGUGGGCUUCACGGCAGCUGUGGCCACAAGGAAAGCAACAGGCCCACGGAGGUUCCGGCCCCGAAGGUACUUCCCAGGAGACUCUGCUGGCCUCUUUCCCUCCAGCCCCAGCCUGGCCAUGCCUCACCCAAGUGUCACGGGCUCCUCACCAUCCCUGUUCAUCCCCACCCCGCCCGGCUUCCUGCCACUCACCAGUCAGCAGCUGUUCCGGUCUCCCCGUCGGGCCUCGCCCUCCUCACUGCCAGGCCGCCUCAGCCGGGCCCUCUCCCUGGGAACCAUACCCUCUCUGACUCGUGCAGACUCAGGGUACCUGUUCAGCGGGAGCCGCCCACCAUCUCGAGUGUCUCGACCAGGGGAGGUUCCUCUUUCAGAUUACUUCCCGCUGCUGUCGGGGAGCUGCCCCGCCUCGCGACUCCCCUCCCCGGUGCCCUCCGUGGCCAGCUCAGUGGCCUCCAGCUAUGGCUCCCUGCGCCACCGCAGGCCCCUCAUCAGCCCCGCCCGGCUCAACCUGAAGGGGCAGAAGCUGCUGCUGUUCCCAUCGCCCCCCGGGGAGGCCCCCAACACCCCCAGCAGCUCGGAGGAGCACUCGCUGCACAACGGCAGCCUCUUCCCCAUGGAGCCGCCCCCGCUGCCGCGGAGGCAGCCCACGCAGGACAGGAAGCACACUGUGGACAUGAGAUCAGUGCCAGAGAGAGGCAGCGCCUGCAGCACCCGCUCCAUCAAGAAGGAGGACGAGUCUUCCCAGUCCUCCACCUGUGUGGUGGACACCACCACCAAGGGGUGCUCGGAGGAGGCCGCCGCCUGGAAAGGGCGCUUCGGCCCCUCCCUGGUCCGGGGCCUCCUGGCCGUGAGCUUGGCUGCCAACGCCCUCUUCACCUCCGUCUACCUGUACCAGAGCCUGCGCUGACCGCGGCCUCCUGGAGGGCGGUGUCCAGGUGCCAGCUGCUUCCACCACUGCCAGCCUCAGAAGGCUCCCCAGGGCUGCACCUCCGCCGUCUCCAGGGCCUGGACCUGCCAGGUCGUGCGUUCUUGUCCUCAGGACCCCCGCUCUCCUCACCUGACAGACUGUCCGAGGCCACGUUCCUCGCCUGCCACCCACUUGGCUGACACUUGUGGGUGUGUUUGGUGCUGACACUCUGACCCUGAAGCCCGGGCCCCUCCCCGCUGUCCAGCCCACCUGGCAGAACGCCAGGACUACUGUACCUGCAGCAGGAGGGGCUGCCUGACCCCUGCCGCCAGCUGAAGGCCCAUCUCCGUACUGUACGCCCCUGGCACGGGGACACUCAGAGCCCCACUAAGAUAAGACCCUGGGAUGGUCCCUGGGUCACCACCCCACCCUCGUCCCCUUCCAGAGAGAAAGCCUCCCUGGGUGAGCCCUGAGGAUGGGCCUCGUCCUUCCUCUCUGCUGGCUUCAGGCAGAGAUGGGCAGAUGGGGUGCCCGGCUCUCGGUUCCAGUGCCCACCCUCCCUCUCCCUGCAGACCCUCCUCCUGCCCAUGCACCCCCCUAACUGUGACUUCUGGUGACCUUCCCAGGAAGCAGCCUGUUACUCUGAGGACGCGGGGCCUCCCCUGAUGCCCAGGCCCACCCGGUCCCUCCGCCCCACAUGAACUGCAGAUCUCAGAGGAGACUGGACCCCACCCGUCCCCCCUGGGCACUUGGCUCCUCUCAGCCCAAGACCCACUGUCCUACCCUUUCGUCCUCCUGCGCCCACCUGGGUUCCACGGCCCUUGUCUCCCGGGCCACCUGGACUGGCCGCCUCCGCCCCGCUCCCCUCAGUCCCUGCCACCUUGCCUCGUGCCAUGGCCCAUCUUGCCUCCGUGCGGGGAGGAGCACCUUGCCUGACAGCCUGUGGGACGAGUGUCCAGGUGCUGGAGCCCCCGGCCUCGCCCCAGGCGUGCAUGUCUGUCUGCCUGUGAUACCGUGUUUGUGCCGCUGGGGGGACCGGCCGCCUCAGUGAGUUCCGGGACUCUGUGGGGAGGGGCAUGGGGCAGGAGGAGGGGUCUUCACUGUCAUUCAGGGAUAGAGUUUAGUUUUAUUUUUGUACACAUCUUGCCAGGUUGGGCGUGGCUGACCAGCGGCCGCCUCAGCUCUCCCUCCGGGGGCAUUUUCUUAAGCUCGGUGCUUCCUAGUCCUUUUUAACACGCGGGGAAGGAGUCCUCUGACCUCGCCACUCCCGUCCUGGGAGCCCCUGAUGCUGUGUCCUGGGCCGUCCACCGCCCUGGACGUGGGGGCCAGGGUGGUGUGGGGACUCAGUCCAGCUGCCAGAGAGGGUUCCAACAGGGAGGUGGCACCUCUUGGUCCCCGUUGGUAUAGUGGGCGUGUUGCGUUUUUAAAUUUUGUUUCUUGCCUAUCAAAACCAAACUCCAUUCCCAGCGCCCGUCUCCGCUCUGCGGGCUCCGCUGCCGGGACCGGGCCCAGCACCCCGCGGGGCCGGGAGGCACUUCGACGUUCUGUUUGACACAGAGGACACAACCUUAUUUUUGUUUACAAAAGCAAAAAAUGAAACCAAAAAACAUACCGACC